AUGAAGAUUGCAAUUGCGGGUCCGGGGGACCUAGCCAAAUAUCAGGUUGAGGAGUUCUUAAAGGCAUCACUGGAGGUGGUUGUUUUGUCAAGAAGAGAAAAAGAAUGGUUCCAGCAAAAAGAAGGCGUGGAUUUCAGAAUAGUUGAUUUUACUUCUGUUGACUCGAUUACAGAGAACCUCAGAGAUUGUGAUGGUUUGGUGUCAUGCAUGCUCGAUAUGACUAUGAAUAGUGUAACCGUUCACUUGAACAUGAUCGAAGCGAUGCUUAAGACCGAAAAGUGCAAGAAGUUCCUCCCAGCAGAGUACGGUGGUGAUAUUAUGAAAUAUCCAGAUCAACCUUCCUUCUAUUACGAAAACCACCAACCAGUCAGAGAAAAAUUGAGAUCUCUUCCUAAGGGCCAAUUGGAGUACUCGCUGCUAGCCAUUGGAUAUUUGUGUGACUACUUCGUUCCCUCCAAGAACAGGUACAUCAAGGACUUCGAUCCAUUCCCUCUGAACUUGAAGGAAAACACUUUGAUUAUCCCUGGAACAGGUGACGAAAGAGUAUCUUACACUCCGACCAGAGACGUGGCCAAAGCUAUUGCCAGUCUGUUCUUGACUUCUGAGCCAUGGGAAGAUAUAACGUGGAUAUCUGGUGAAACCACUACUUGGAACAAAAUUCUGGCUGAAGACCUAACUGAUUUAAACUUGACCGUUUCUACAUCCACACUCACUGAUUCUGUGAAGGAAAUGGUGGAUGCCCAUCUGGCAAAAGAUGAGGACCGAAUCUAUGCUGCUGCUUUCAAGUUCUGGGUUUUGUCUGACUCGUUAGAUCUCCCCGAGGAUUUGGUCGCCGCUCAUAAAAAGAAGUAUUUCAGUGACAUUCAUUUCAGGACUAUUUCCGAGUUUAGACAGGCUGCUAAGGAUUUUCCUGAAAGUAUCGUUUGA